AUGAGCGACGAUGAAUAUGAUGAGUUCGGGAAUUACGUUGGUCCAGAAAUUGAGCCCGAUGAGGAAGAAAUUCACUCUUACGCUUCCCGUCGAGAUCUUGUCGAUCUGAUGUCCAAUCCAGCCCGUGUCCGUAAUGUUGCUCUUGUUGGCCACAUCCAUCACGGAAAGACGAGUUUCAUGGACUUGCUUGUUGAGCAAACACAUCAGAUAUCUCCUCUGGAGAGUUCAGAGUAUAUGAGGUAUACGGAUACUAGGUCAGAUGAGCAAACUCUUCGUCGAUCCAUCAAAGCAGUACCAAUGUCUCUAGCGCUUGAGGAUAGCAGUUCGAAUCAUAUCCUCUGCAACAUUAUGGACGCUCCUGGCCAUCUUGACUUGUCCGAUGAAAUGACGGCUGCUCUGCGGCUUUCUGACGGUGCAGUCUUGGUGGUGGAUCCUUCCGAAGGAGUGAUGCUAAAUACAGAGAGAGCGAUUCAGCAUGCAAUCCAGGAAAACCUGCCUAUUGUAGUCGUCAUAACCAAGGUGGACAAGCUGAUAACAGAACUUAAUUUGCGCCCUGAGGUUGCUUACAACAAGUUGAGAGAUACUAUUAAGAUCAUCAACGACCAUAUCUCUGCUGUCUCAUCAGCUGCACAGAAUGUCACUACUAUAGAUCCUACUGUUGGGAAUGUUUGCUUUGCAAGUUCAUCAAGGACUUUCCAGCAGGACCGCCCUGCUACUGGGGGUGAAAGAUCUUUUGUUGAAUUUGUUCUCGAACCUCUCUAUAGAAUAUACAGUCUAGUGAUUGGAGAACAGACAAAGAUCUUGAAAACUAUCUUGGAUGACGAUGCUGUGAAUCUUUCUAAUGCUGUUUAUUGCCCAAUGAUCGGAGAGCCUAAGAAGAGCAUGGAAGCUAUUCUGGCAGGGUUUGGUGUGAGACUUCACAAUGCUGCUUAUACAAUGAAGGCUUGGCCUUUGCUGAGGUUGGCCUGUAGCAACGUUUUUGGUACUGCUUCUGGGUUCACUGAUAUGUUGGUUCAACAUAUACCUUCUGCUAAGGAUGCAGCUGGUUGGAAGGUCGAACACAUAUACACAGGGCCUAAAGACUCUAAGCUUUAUGAAGCAAUGAAACAAUGUACCUCCUCUGGGCCGCUCAUGAUCGAUGUCGUCAAAUUCUAUCCCAAGUCUGAUUGGAGCGCCUUGGAUGCUUUUGGUAGAGUCUAUAGCGGUACACUUAAGACUGGGCAGUCCGUGAAAAUAUUGCAGGAAGCUUAUACGGUGGAGGAAUAUGACGACACUCCAGUGAAAGAAGUUACAAACCUGUGGGUGUAUCAGGGUCGAUAUAGAUUGGCCAUAAGCACUGCAGGACCUGGCUCUUGGGUUCUUAUCGAAGGUAUAGAUGCAGGAAUUACAAAAACUGCUACAUUAUGCAACAGUAAAUAUGAUGUAUACCAUGGUAGUAAAUAUAAUGUUGAAGAUGCAUAUCUGUUCCAGCCGCUACAGUUCAAUACCCUUCCAUUGAUGAGAGUUUCUGCCGAGCCUUCACAUCCAACUGGGUUGCCAAUAGUGUUGGAGGGUCUUCGUUAUAUCAGCAGAACCUAUCCUCAUGCCAAUAUUAAAGUGGAGGAGUCUGCACUUCAUAUGAUUCUUGGUACUGGAGAAUUUCAGAUGAAUAGAAUUAUCAAAGACCUUUCCGAGUUCUGUUCUGAUUCUGGAGUAGAAAUCAAGGAUUCAGUUCCAGCGGUCUUAUUCCGUGAAACUGUGGUGGAAUCUUCUUCAAUGAAGUGUUCUGCUAAAACACCCAAGAGAAACAAAAUAACAAUGAUUGCUGAGCCUUUGGAGAAAGGUCUUGCAGAAGACAUUGAGAAUGUUGCUGUGAGCACUGACUGGACGAGCAAAGCUGUUGAUGAAUUUUUCAAAAGAAUGCAUAAAUGGGAUUUGCUUGAUGGUCAAUCUGUAUGGGCAUUUGGUCCUGAUGAGCAUGGACCUAAUGUUUUGCUGGAUGGCACUCUUUCUACUGAAGUUGACAAGGGAUUGCUUCGUGCUGUUAGGGAUUAUAUUGUCCACGGUUUUCAAUGGGCUGCACGACAAGGACCACUCUGUGAUGAGCCAAUGAGGAAUGUAAAAUUCAAAAUAGUUGAUGCAAUAUUUGCAUCUGAACUGUCGCAUGGGUGGCCGGAGGGGAUUGCUCCCACAACUAGGAGAGUGGCACAUUCAGCAUUUCUUAUGGCAGCUCCUCGACUUAUGGAACCUGUGUAUUACGUGGAGAUACAUACACCAGUGGACGACCUACCCAAAGUUCGUGAGGCAUUUUUACGAGGGACAGAGUCAUACAUGCUACAGAUGCUCUUAGAGGUCCCUACAAAGCGCCGAGUAUCUGUUCUCAUUGCGUUUGAUCACUGGGCUAUAGUACCUGGGGAUCCACUAGCCGAGAGCAGAGUCUUACAGCCAUAUGAGGCAACCCCCCCAACCCAGAAUCUUGCUCGUCAAUUUAUGAUGGAGACCAGGAAGUAUAAGGGAAUGAGCGAAGAUGUAGAUGUGGGUGGCGACGAGCCCUCUGAUGAGGAUUAGCAGUGGCUCCGCAAGCAAGCUAACAUUCACCAAAUAAUGUGAUCGAGAUUUUUGUUUGAAGGCGAUGCUCCAGGAAUGAAGUGUAACAGUGUUUUCUUUGUAGUUGAUUCGGACAUUAAGGCCAAGUGACUUUUGUCUCCAGUCUCCACCGCGGACUUCGCAUGGUUUAGAAGCUAAGUGGUACGCAUUUAUCAAUUGUACUCAUUGUUCCUCACAUUGUAGUAUGUCAUGUAUAUCGAAGUAUACCAACAUAUAUU